GACAUGGCAAAAAUUUUAUCCAUGUCAUCACUUUUUGAAAUUUUGCUCUCCAUGUCAUCAAAAAAAAUAUAAAAAAUGCCACGUAAACAAGGUUAACGGCCCAAAUUAACAGAAGGACUAACGGAGUGCAUUUCGUAUAGUUGAGGGAUCAAAAAAGUGCAAAAAAUUGUUGAGGGACCAAAAAUGUUCAUUUCUUAAAGGGAGAAUUUUUGGAACUCCAAUUCACCCCCCCUCUUGGAGUACAUUGAGUCAACAAUUGGUAUCAGAGCAAGGGCUCCAAUUUGAAGGUUUAACGACCUAGGAGUUGAUCGGGGAUGGCUCAAUUUCAAGCUUCUCAACCACUUGAAGGCAUGGAUUGUGACUAUGAAAGGUCCAUAUGUGCUAUGAAAGUAGUUGGGGAAAGUGAGGUGCUAAAGGAAGAAGUUGAAUGGAAUGAUGAAGACUUGGUGAAGAUCAUGAUCAACAACAAAGCAAUCAACAUGCUUCAAUGUGCUCUCAAUCCAACGAAAUUCCAUAGAGUUUCCGAGUGUGAUGCUGCUAAAGAGAUGUGGGACAUGAUGGAGGUAACACAUGAAGGAACAAGCCAAGUGAAGGAGUCAAAAAUCAAUAGACUCAUUUACAUGUAUGAGCUUUUCAAAAUGAAACCAGAGGAGAGCAUUCAAGAUGUGUAUACAAGAUUGAAUGAUAUAGUCACCAAUCUCAAGGCUCUUGGUAAAGUCUAUCCUUCUCAAGAAGUGGUGAGGAAGGUUCUUAGAAGCUUGCCCAAGAAUUGGGAAGCCAAGAAUACCGCAAUUGAAGAGUCUAAGGAUCUCAACGCUCUCAAGCUUGAAGAUCUCAUUGGAAAAUUGAUUACAUAUGAAAUAGAAGUUCAAGUUGAUGGAGAGGUUGAAGUAGUUGAGAAGAAGAAGAAGAAGGAUGUUGCAUUCAAGGCUAGCAACCAAAAGGAAAAUAGUGAAGAUGAUGCUAGUGAUGGUGAAAACAUCUCCACCUUGAUCUCUAAAGAAAUGGAGCACUAUAGAAAUGAAUGUCCCAAAUUGAACAAGGGUGAGAAGAAAGGCAAGAAGAGCAUGAAGAAGAAAGCUUUUGUUGCCACUUGGAGUGAUGAUGAGACUAGCUCAACGGAAAGUGAAAGCUCCUUGGAGAAAGGUGUUGCAAAUCUUUGCUUCAUGGCUCAAGAGGAUAGCAACCAUGAUGAGGAGGUAAAUUCUUACUUCUCUAGUUCAAUUAAUAAAAGUUCAUUUGAGUAUUCUUAUGAUGAUUUAUUCAAAGUUCUUGAUUGCUCUAUGAAUGACAUUAAGAAACUAGCAAAUGAGAAUAUUGCUCUUACUAAAACUAUUUCAUUGCUUAGGAAUGAGAUUGAAGCUCUCUCAAAACAAAAUGAGCUUUUAGUUAAAGAGAAUGCCUCUUUAAAUGGUGAGAUUGCUUCUUUAAAGAAUGAGGAGUCUAAUAAUGCUUUUAAAAAAGAAAAUGAGGAUUUAAAGAAAGGAAAUGAAGAUUUAAAGAAGGAAAAUGAUGUUUUAAAGAGAAAAGCUUGUGAUCUUGAGAAUUUCUCUCUCUCAUGGCUUCAAGAAGGGGCGAAAGCAAGAGGAAACAGAUUGGGAGUUCUAGUGCCGAUGGCCAAGCCUAGGAGAAAGCGGAAAAGGUUGAACCUUGGUAGAUUUAUUUACCACAACGUUGUCAAGAGUUACUCCUCGGAUAUGGGUCUUCCGCAUGUUGCAUUGAUUACUAGGCUAGUAAAAAGGAACAACAUUGAUCUUGAAUCUUUCAAGCAUGGAAAAGUUAAAGCUGGAACUACUCUCACUAAAGCAUCCUUUGAUAAAAUGCAAUAUAAGUUUUGGAAUGAUAGUUGGAGGAAGAAAGGGGAUCAAGCAAUGGAACAGCAAAGUGAUGAAGAAGAAGGUGAUGCGGAUCAAGAAAUGGCAGAACAGGGGGAAGAAGAAUAUGGAAGUGAUAGUCCAAGACCCUUUCAAGUCUCCAUGCAAAGGACAAACCGUGAAACCAUGGAGCUAAUGAUAAAUGAAAUGCAACAGCUGCACACCGACUUCUAUGGUUUCUAGACAGAAAUGAGAGGGAAAAUGGAUACCAUGGAUGGAAAGCUUGAUCAGCUUGUUAACCAUUUUUUUCCUCCACCCCUAACUAGUGCCACCUAACUUGAUAUUUCUUUAGUUUGGCUAAUCUUUAGGAUGGACAUCUCAGGGUUAUGCAUUUUAUGUUUUUAGGCUUGUGAUUAUGUUUUUCUUUGACUAUGGAUAUUUCUUGAACCUUUUUAUCCUUUUUUAUGAAUGGAAAUGGCAUCACUUGUGUUAUCAUGCUUUGUGAAUGGUUGUUUAUGAUUUUGAUGACUGUAUUCUCUUAUUGAGGGGGAGCAUUUUGUGCUAAAAUUGCUCUUCUUAAUGGUUAUCAUGCUUAAAUGCUUUAAAGAUUGAUGUGCAUGAAUUAAGGGGGAGUUUGUAU